UUAGUUAAUAUUUAAUUAUAAUUAAUUAGAAUAAAUAAUGAUUAAUUAGAACCUCACUCUCCAUUUAAGUGCCACGUCAGCAGAGGGGUGUUUUUGUACCGGUUUUGCCAAGUUCAGGGUAAAAGUGAUCCGGUUUUCCUACUUUGGACGUUUUUGAUACUUUGUGCCAAGUUGAGGGGGUAAACAACUUUGUCAAAAGGUGUUUAAUGUUGUGUGAUGUCAUAUUUUCUUUUGCUUUUCCUCCAGCCCACUAUUUCAAUAACUGUACAAAUAGAGAGCAGAGGUAAUAGCAGAUGAGUAGUAAUGGAGGAAGAUAAAUUAGAUAUUGUGUUGGUUCCAAUGGGUUUACUACUGAUGGUUAUUUACCACUGCUGGUUACUCUUCACUCUACUCAACUAUCCCAAAACCACUGUCAUUGGCCUCAACGCUGAGUCACGCCAUCAAUGGGUUCAUGCCAUCAUGACUGAUCCUCUGAAAAAUGGAGUCUUAGCAGUUCAAACAAUACGAAACAACAUAAUGGCAUCGACCCUUUUAGCAACAACAGCAAUCACUUUAAGUUCAUUGAUCAGCGUCUUCGUGAGCAGCACAUCAAACUCCGGAAAUACAGCAUCUCAACUAGUUUACGGAAAUAAAACCUCUAUCGUUUCUUCAGUUAAGUACUUCACAAUCCUGUUGUGCUUCCUUGUUGCCUUUCUUUGCAAUGUGCAGUCAAUUCGAUACUAUGCUCAUGUUAGCUUCUUGGUUACAUUGCCUACAUCAAUGGGCAAAAAAGAAUGCAUUGAGUAUGUUGCAAGAAACUUGAAUCGAGGGAGUUUUUUCUGGUCCCUCGGAUUACGAGCUUUCUAUGUGUCGUUCCCUUUGUUUUUAUGGAUAUUUGGACCGAUUCCGAUGUUUGUGUGCUGCUUCAUGAUGUCGUUUCUUCUGUAUUUCUUGGAUACGACUAGUAGUUUUACGAGACAUCUUCAUACGCAGUCAAUGAAUGAGCCAAUGAAAACGGACGAUGUGGAGUCAGGUGUUGGAUUGGUAUGAUCAUGAGCCAUGUUAGAUAGAUAAUGCAAUCUACUAUAUGUCCCUAAAUGAGUAGAGCAUGUAACAUUAACAAUUGCAGUGGCCUAAUGUGUAUGUGUGAACACAGACCGGGUUUUAUGCUCAUGAAACAGUAGCUUACGAAGUGAAUGUUGGAAGGCAUCCGCUGUUUUUUUUUAUCAACAUGAUAACCUUUGUAUUAACUCAAGAACAAAAGCAACAUGAUAAACCUUUGUUUGAAUGCUUAUAUAUUGUAGAUAUUGUGGAAUUAAAUAUGUAUUAUGUCGACAUCAUAUAUAUACUCAA